GGGUGGGAAAUUAACCCGGCAAAAAUUCAAGGACCCGCCCAAACUGUCAAAUUUUUGGGCGUAAUCUGGAAUAAAGGUGAAAGAGAAAUCACCGAAAAAGCUAAAGAAAAAGUAGCGAACUUCCCAGUCCCACAUAACAAAAAGGAUGCCCAAAAAUACAUCGGCUUGUUUGGAUUUUGGAGACACCACAUUCCUCAUUUGGGACAAAUCCUCCAGCCUUUGUACAAAUGCACUCGAAAGAGAGAAAAUUUUGAGUGGGGACCUGAACAACAGGCAUCCUUCGAAUUAGCUAAAGAGGCCAUUCAACAGGCCGUCUCUUUAGGGAAAAUGCAAUCGGGCCCUGUAGAAUUACAGGUGUCAGCCCUGAAUGACUAUGCUAACUGGAGUCUGUGGCAAAUGCAGAACAGAACCAGAAAACCUUUGGGAUUCUGGUCCAGGAAAUUAACAGACGCCGGAGUGAGAUACACUCCCUUUGAAAAACAACUGCUUGCCUGUUAUUGGGCCUUGGUGGAGACUGAGGCACAGACGGUCGGACAUGAAGUAAUGAUGAGGACUCACAUUCCUUUAUUGACAUGGGUAAUGAGCAAUCCUACCACUCAUAGGAUAGGAACAGCACAGGAAGCUAGCGUCAUUAAAUGGAAAUGGUACAUUUCAGAGCGAGUGAAACCAGGGUUGAAAGGUGUGUCAAUGCUACACGAACAGGUUGCGGAAGUCCCGGAACAGGAUGAAGUUCCUUUUGAGGUGAAACCUCUGGAGGAAUCGCCGGUGAAAGCCGGAAGGAGGUGGGAUGAGUUGACAGAUGACGAAAAACAAAAUGUUUGGUUUACUGACGGCUCUUGUCAGUAUCAUGCCGGAAAACGGAAAUGGAAAGCAGGAGCAUUCAAUCCCCAUGUGGGACAAUCCAUAGAAGAAAUGGGAGAGGGAAAAAGCAGUCAGUGGGCAGAAUUGAAAGCUGUACACAUGGUAAUAAUGCAGAGUGGACCCAUGGGAGUCCACCUGUAUUCUGAUUCAUGGUCAGUGGUUCAGGGAUUGUUGACUUGGAUGCCUACAUGGCAUGCUACCAAUUGGAUGAUACAUAAAAAGGAGGUGUGGGGGAAAGACCUGUGGGCACAGAUUUGGGAGAAAGCAAAAGAAAUUCCCAUUACUGUAUCACAUGUCGAUGCACACACCAACAGAACAGACGCGGAAGCAUUGUACAAUCAAGCAGCUGACACACUGGUAAAAAUCAUGACAAACAAAAGAGAAUCAAGUCCGGGCCUUGCAAGGUGGGCACACUAUAAGGCCGGACAUUGGGGAAUUCAGGGAACCAUUCAAUGGGCGCGUGAUCGCGGAAUUGAUUUAAAAUUAGACGACGUGAAAACAGCAAUCAUGGAUUGCGAGGAAUGCCAGCAUCAAAAACGAGGUGUUCCACAACAUAUGCAGGGACAACUGCAUAGAGGAAAGAGUUCAGGACAAAUUUGGCAAAUCGAUUUCGUUGGACCAAUGCCACUUUCCCGGGGAUGUCGAUAUGCCUGCACUGCAGUGGAUACGUUCUCUGGAGUGCUGGUGGUACACCCCUGCAAACUGGCUAAUCAGAAAAGUACUCUCAAAUGUCUAAAUUUGAUCAAAGGAUACUAUGGAACACCUCUCCAAAUUCAAUCAGACAAUGGAACACAUUUCACUGGGAAUGUGGUGAAAGAAUGGACAAAAGAAAAUCAUGUGGAAUGGAUUUACCAUAUUCCAUACCAUCCACAAGCAGCCGGAUUGAUUGAAAGAAUGAACGGCUUGCUGAAAGAAACGCUUCGGAAAAACGCUUCAGAUCGAACUUUGAAUAAAUGGAGGGACUAUUUGGAAUUGUCCGUGGGACAAUUGAACAACCGACCUGUGGGGUCAGGGGUGACUCCUUUGAUUCGAAUGAUUUCAAAUCAAGAACCUGUAAUGGUCACAGAAAGUAUUAAAAUGUGGAAAAUUGACCCAGAGGCUGAAAUUCCCGUCAGAGCCACGCCUGGCUCUGCCGGACUUGACUUGCGAACUUUGGCACCUGUAACACUCCUCCCUCAUGGAAUUCAAAUUGUUAAAACAGGGUUGGGUCUGCAGUGCCCGAAAGGCACGUACGGUCACAUCCUUCCUCGGAGUGGCCUGUCACUGAAAGGCCUGACCAUCCAGGCAGGAGUGAUAGAUGCAGACUAUCAAGGAGAACUGGGAGUAGUGUGCAAACUACUCUCAGACCAACCCUUGGUCUUGGAAAAAGGAGCUAAAAUAGCACAAUUGGUCAUCAAACCAUGCAAUAUGACUUCAGUACAGGAAAUUCCCAGACCUGUACUUCAAACCAGUCGAGGUGAUGGAGGGUUUGGAUCAACAGACAAACCAGGAGCCAAAGUUUGGGUAAAACAACCGAACGGACCUCCCAGGGCUGCGGAAAUUAUAGCCCAGGGAACUGACGCAACGGUCAGCGUUCUAUACCAAGGAGAAGAAAAGUGGGUAAAUGUACCCAUAAACAAAUGCUAUAUGCGAGAGAACUAAUCAUGUUUUUUCUUGUUGUUUAGCGUGUAACCAAAUUUGUUACAGCUUGGAGAAUUAAUGCCUUGGUGGGAGUUGCUGAUCGGGAGACCUGCUAAAACCGGACGAGACCGUGGACCUCAUUGGGCGCCGCGACACUGGAGGUGUCGUCUGCUGGGUCAUCUGCCUCCUUGCCGUUGGUGCCAUGGUCCAGCCCUCCUGGGGGAUGACCAAGGGCUGAACCUGCAGGACAAGUCAAGAAGCUAGAUCUAUACAACUUGACGCCGAAUGCGACCCUAAUCAUCAGGGAUCAAACUGGACAAUAGUGGCGGAUGAAGACUUCAUCAUCGGAGACAGCGAACCUAUUGGGCACAAUGACCGUGGGUAUCCGGUGAAAGUGAUUCCUCAAAAGCUACCGCCGACCAUAACUUUGACACACUUGUCCCCCAUUUUGGAUACCUGCACACACCGUGCACAGGCAACAAUCGAAACGAGAGUGUUUUGGACAAUCCACUUUCCCCCGAUUCCGAAGUGUGGACGAAAGAAAAGAGCGUGGUAUGACACCUUGUUAGGGGGAACGGGGACUGUAUUGGGAUUUGCAAAUGCGGCUGAUAACGAAGUGACUAGAACAAUGUUGUCUAACACCGGGGAACACUCUGCUAGAGCAUUACAUCAAGUGGGGGUUUGGCUUCCCACUUCUUUGGUGGGGCAAAAAGAAAAUGCGGAAUUAUGGAAAACAGUGUUUAAUUGGGAAAUCAACCUAUGGGGAGAGGCACAAAACGUGCUGCAGAAUUUGACUAAACAAAGCAGUUGGACGGUAUGUAGCAUUCAAACCCUACAUGCUGCGGCACAAAAAUAAUCUUUUUUGAGAGUGGUAACUUCAGGGAAUUUUCGAGAGUGGCGUAAGAUCUGGAAUAUAACUGAUUCCCUGUGGCUUAAAUUACAUCCAGAAUACACCAAAAGUGACCGAACAAAGUGUACAGGGUAUUGGACCCAGUAUAAAGUGGCCACGAUGAAAACGGUGUGUAAAUACCAAGUUUUACCCGUCAUAACACGGGAUAGCUACUGGUUUCUCCAUAUGGAUGGAGACUGGUUUGAACCAAAAACGAACAUGACCUUUAAAUCAAAUUUGUGCGACAUGACAGAUCAAGGGAUGGCUUGUAGACUGCAACAUGCGUAUUCGAACCCGUGUUUAACCGACUCAGAGGCCGUACUUUGCGACUGGACAAGGGAGCCAAUCAGAGAGAUGAUGUGGCAGGUUGGAC